AUGCCAAAUAGAAACGACGCUGCCGCUGCGGCGGCUACUGCAGCAUUUGUUUCAGUCAAGCUGCCGGAUUUUUGGAAGUCCGACCCAGCUAUGUGGUUUGCGCAAGCGGAAGCGCAAUUCCACCUCGCAAAAAUUGUGAGUGACGAGACUAAGUUCUACCACAUAGUCGCUAAGGUGGAUCAGUCCGUCAUUUGCCACAUAGCUGACUUGGUAGCAACUCCGCCUGCUGCAGAUAAAUACCAAGCUGUGAAAGAUCGUUUGAUCGCUCGGUUUGCACUGUCCGCUGAACAUCGCUUCGAGCAGCUUCUCGGAUCUCACGACCUUGGUGAUAUGCGGCCAACACAUUUGUUGGCGAAAAUGCGAGAAUUGUCAACCGGAUUGGGAGUAGACGACAGCCUAUUGAAGAUGAUUUUCAUCCAGCGGCUUCCGGCUGGUAUUCGGCCAAUUUUGACUUGUCACGACGGCACUAUUGACAAACUGGCUGAAAUGGCUGAUAAGAUCACCGAUUCGUCCAGUCAGACUACUGUCGGAAUGCAGCAGUCGCUCGGCAUCCAGAACUGGACUAUGUUGGUACCAUAA